ACAGCGGAUCAGAACCUAGAGACCUUCCGGAUCCAUCAUGCAUGUGUGCAGCUACCAGAAGACUUUAAUUUAGUAAAGACUUGAGGGGGUAAAACGGAAACCAGGAAAACAAGGAACGGACGACAGAAGAAAAAGCGAAGGACGAUAAUUCCCACACUCGGACAUGGCCAGCAUCCAGACCAGUUUGAAAACCCCUUUUAAAGACUUGACCUCAUUUAAGGGCAACAUGAAAAGGCUGUACAGGGAGCGGAUGGAGGACGCGCCCAUCAAGAAGCGAGUGAUGGCAGAGAUCAAUCUGAAGAGGCGCGGCUUGGACUCCCUCCCGAAACUUCCCAAGGUGAAGAAGGAGCUGAUGGAAGAUCUGGCGCACGAGGCUGAGAUGGACGCCGAGGCCCGGAGCGAACURCACAUCGUGGGCUCUGUGAAAGCCCUGGACCUGAGUCCUGGUCUCAAACACACGCUGGCCCAGUUCACCCUCAGCAGCCAGAGCUCCCUCGGCGGCCCGGCCGCGUUUUCGGCCCGAACGGGCCACGAGAGUUCCCCCGCAGGACUGCCACCCCUGCCUUCCCCUCCUGUUCUGGGAGGGGGCCCUCUCCUGGUUCCCUGCGACAGCUCCACCGAACUCACCCACUCUCUGCUGGAAGGAGAGUCCAUCUCCUGCUUCGUGGUCGGCGGCGAGAAGCGGCUCUGCCUGCCUCAGGUGUUGAACUCGGUGCUGCGGGACUUCUCGCUCCAGCAGAUCAACACCGUGUGCGACGAGCUCUACGUCUACUGCUCCCGCUGCGACGCCGAGCAGCUGCACAUCCUCAAGGUGCUGGGCAUCCUGCCGUUCAACGCGCCGUCCUGCGGCCUUAUCACGCUGACGGACGCGCAGCGGCUGUGCAACGCCCUGCUGCGUCCCGGCGCCGCCCUCCCCACCGACCCCAGCGGCAAACUGUUAUCCCAGGGCCUGCUGAAGGAGAGCGAGGCCAGCUUCCAGGUGGAGCACCAGUGUCUGGGCAAGUGUCAGGGCCUCUUCGUGCCCCAGUUCUACACCCAACCCGAGGCCCCCUGCAUCCAGUGCGUUGAGUGCCAGCUGCUCUUUUCGCCACAGAAGUUUGUCAUGCAUUCACACAAGUCACCUGAUAAGAGGACCUGCCACUGGGGCUUCGAUUCGGCCAAGUGGCCCUGCUACCUGCAGCUAGCCAGGAAGUACCAGGGGACUCCGGAGGAGCCCAGACUCAAGCAGCUGCUGGACGAGGUCAAAGAGAAGUUCCACUAUCAGCUCAAGAGCUCCCUUGACAAAAAGUCGGGAGAGGAAGAGGAGAGCCAGCUGAGGAAGUCCUCGGUGGAAAUUUGCUCCGCUUCAGACAAGUUAGCCGACACAGAGCCUACGAGAAAGGGGAAACCAUCCCCACCGGCUCUGAUGUUCAACCGUCUUUUUACGGAUAUCAAGGAGGAGCCAGGACACCCCACCCUGGUYCAUCCCAGGUACUGCACCUCACCUGCCGUGAUGCAAUCUGAAGCRGACAGGCAGCGCCUCGUUCCCAUCCAGAGGGAGAGCAGGAAUGUCUUGCCUCGGCACGCUCUGAAGCCGGGGCUGCUGGCGGGGGGAGGGGUCCGGAGCGCCACACAGAUGAGUGUUGACUCAGUGGCUUCGGAGCAUCUCCAGGCAGUAUCUGUCUCCCCGUUGUGCGCCACUACCUGGAAGUUUGUGAUAAGCCGAAGUGGGUUUUCUGCGGCGUUUGAUCCUAACCCGACCUCUAUCUCCAUCUCCUCCCAGUUGUCGGAGCUACGGCAGAGGCUGGAGCGGGCUGAGGCCGACCGGCAGGAGCUGCAGGAGGAGCUUCACCGGGAGCGGGAGGCGCGGGAGAAGCUGGAGCACACCAUCGCCCAGCUCAAGCAGCAGAUGGCCCAGUCUGGCAUGAUGGGAGGCAGCCCCUCUCCCCCUCUCACCCCCGCCACUGGACCCCUGAACGCCCACUCCCCUCCCUGCUCUUCCUCCAUGGCUGAGGCCCCUGUGGCCGGCCUGAAGUAACUGUGACAUUUUCUUCCCGUCAAUCGCCAACUCUACAGACACAAACAAUUCAGCCUGACCCUCUGCAGGGUCCCUUUCUGAUUCCCGUUUUUAAAAGAUACAUUACAAGAUUUAUGUUUUU